UUGUAUGUGCUUAAGAUAUUCUUCUAACCUUCAUCAUUAAAAUAAUUUAAGUGAAAAUCUGUUUUUGUGGUUUUGGCAUUAAAAAAUAAAAGCUGUAAUUGCAAGUAAUUUGCUUUUAUAUGGUAAAUUUAUUCUAAACAUAAAAUUCAGUGUCUACCUGUCUUAAUAAAUUCCACUUGAAUUUUGAGAUUCGUCGGCAUCAGUUUUUGACAGAGCAAGUUAUCUUGAGUCUUGACAAGACCACUAAAUUUAUUAGGCUUUAUCUCAUAAACCUAGGUGUUGUCUUCAUGCUUUGGGUUUUUAUCUUCUAGCGUGUUUCCCUUCGGGGAGUCUCAGUAUGUAUAAUGCAUAUAAUUAUCUUCAGAAUGUGUGAGCGUGCCGGCAAGCUUACUUUCUUCAGGCACACAAAGAGAUUGAAGGCAACAAGAUUAAAAAAAAAAGCCUUCUGAUAAACUCUGUAUGGGAUCUGCAGCUUCACUGUUAUUCUGACGAUUUAGGAAGUUGGAACUAAUUCAUGUGGUGAUCAGCUAAAGAUAGUAGGGGCAGGCUAUAUUGUAGAUUGGUCAGAGUAUAAUGACUGCAGUAUUUAUAGGUGAAGAUAACGUCUCUUUAUUAUACAACUGAUACAGUUAAGAAGGGAAAAAUAGAACUGCUUGCCACUUGGGUCCUUUUACAAGGAUUCAUUGGGUAUUAAAAUACCUGAAAUAGUGAAUUGGGAGUGAGGAAUACCUACCUUGCUGGUGUAUGUUAUGUGCUGUUUCACAUGCUAGACGAGCUACUCAUAUGCCUGUGUUGCUGUAUGCGGUGGUGGACUGAUCCUUCAGCAUCCAUUUUUCUCUUGGGUAAGCUGGGGCAGAAACAUGAGAAGCCUCUAUUUAUUGAAAGAAUUCAGCAAGGGAGCUUUCUAGAGACAAGAACUUGUACAGGAUAAAUUGCCCUGUGCAGAGGUUUAACUCCUGCUAAACAUUUCUUGAAGUGUUCCUGAUGUCAGUCCCAUAAGUUUUUUAUUACUGCUGUGGGAAAAGGAUCCUGUCUUAGCAUAACCCAUUUUUGUCCAUCCUUGUAAAGAAGUAAUACCAGGCACAGGUUAAAAGGAUCUCUCCCCACUUCCUGGGAUGUUGUGUUUAUUGCAGAACAAGCUGAAAUCAUAAGAACCUGUGACAGAGCUGUCUGAGCGCAGGGUUAGAGCUUCAGGUAUAGACUUAACAGCGGCAAUCAUGAGAAAAAGCGAUGCAGUCGUUGAGAAUAUAUGUCAAUUUUGAAGGCAAGAUGGCUCAGAAGAGGAGCUCGAGUGGGCGGUCAUUCCCAUUGCUGCUGCUGAUUAUUGUUGUGGCCUUUGUUCAUUUAACUGUCUGUCCUUUUACAAAAGUGGAGGAAAGCUUUAACCUACAAGCUAUCCAUGAUGUGGUGUACCACCAACUGGACUUGGAUAAGUAUGACCAUCAUGAAUUUCCUGGAGUUGUCCCAAGAACGUUCCUUGGACCGAUUUUUAUUGCUGCUCUUUCCAGCCCAGCUAUAUAUGUACUUUCUGUGCUAAGAAUGUCCAAGUUUUACUCCCAGUUGAUAGUCCGAGGAAGCUUGGGGCUCAGUGUGAUUUACACUUUGUGGAAGCUGCAGAAAGAAGUUAGAAAGCAGUUUGGAGCAACUACAUCAACAAUCUUCUGUCUCAUCUCGGUUACUCAGUUUCAUUUGAUGUUCUACUGCACACGAACCCUCCCUAAUGUGUUUGCACUUCCUUUUGUGCUCUUGGCAUUGACGUUUUGGAUACAGCAAAAGCAAAGGCCGUUCAUUUGGUUCUCAGCUUUGGCAAUCAUAGUCUUCAGAUCGGAGCUCUGCAUAUUCUUGGGCCUCAUGCUCCUGGUGACGUUAUUAACUAAAAGAAUCUCCAUUUUCAAGGUGCUUUCCCAUGCUGUUCCUGCUGGAAUUUUUUGGUUGGGGCUAACAGUUGCUGUGGAUUCUUUAUUUUGGAGGCAACUUGUGUGGCCUGAGGGGAAAGUGCUCUGGUAUAAUACGAUAUUAAACAAAAGUUCCAGCUGGGGAACUUCCCCAUUCUUGUGGUAUUUCUAUUCAGCCCUGCCUCGUGCUUUGGGAUGCAGCAUUGUAUUUGUACCUUUAGGUGUAGCAGAAAAGAGAACUCGGAUAUUACUUUUGCCAGCGCUGGGCUUUAUUUUCUUGUAUUCAUUUCUCCCACACAAAGAGCUGCGUUUCAUCAUAUAUACUUUCCCUGUCUUCAACAUAGUGGCUGCUAAAAUGUGCUCACGAAUUCUGAAUAACCACCGGAAAUCUUGGCUGUACAAACUUGGAUCUUUCUUUGUUAUAAUGCAUCUUCUAGUUAAUGCUGCUUAUUCAGGAACAUCUUUAUAUGUUUCACAUUUCAAUUAUCCUGGAGGAGUGGCAAUUCAGAAGUUGCAUGAGUUAGUACCUUCAACAGCAGACGUCUCUGUUCAUAUUGACGUGGCUGCAGCGCAAACAGGAGUUUCUCGGUUUCUAGAAAUCAAUUCAGAUUGGAGGUAUGACAAAAGAGAAGAUGUUAAACCAGGAGACCAGCUGAUGUUUUCUUACACACACAUACUGAUGGAAACAAACCCUCUUCAAAUAUCGCAUUACAAGACAACCCACAGGCCACUGGCAAAUAUACCUGGCAUUAGUAAAAUUGGGUUGAACCUUACUGCACUACCUCCUUUUACUUUAAACUUGAAACCAAAAUUAGUACUGUUGGAAAAACUUCCUCUGUCGUCUUGACUGUGAGUUUUCAGUAAGUCUUUUGAUGUAAUUUUGCUGAUGACUUAAUAAUUUAAGAUGGCAGCAAAUUGUCGUUGCAGCACUGCAGUUCCGCUUCUGUGGAAAGCAACGGAAAAUCUUUGUACCAAUUGGUAUUUAGCUCCGUCCUGUUUCUUACAUAAAUACUACAAUGCAUUCUUAGUCAGUAUGUACUCAAAUACUGAGUUGUAUUGUUAAAUGUUUGAGAGAGGCUACCUACAAGUUUAGUGGUAAAACCUGUCUACUUGGUUUGGGUAGCUGUCUCUUUCAUAAUGUAGCACGGGUAUGUCCUAAUUGUCCUGUAUAAGAUACGCAAUGGAACAGUUUGUGCUACACCAGUAAUUUGAUAUGUAAUCUGUGUGUGCAAAGACUUAUUACUUGAUGUAUCUGCAGGAUUGUAACCCCCUCAGCUGUCAGAUUGCCUAUAUGGAACUUAAUGAUGUUAUCAACAUAGGAAAGCCAUAUUCAUUGUAGCUUCAUCACAAUACCCAAUUGUGCCCUGUAGGCUACCAAACUAAUUAAAAGUGAAAGAUUCACUUAAAAAGGACUGUCUCAUAACAGAUGUGAGUAUGAAAGGAUGGUUUUCUUUAUUCCAGCAGUUCAUGAAUAAGCAGCAACUUUGAUUUCAUAGGAAAGAGAGUUUUUAAAAUGUUUCCCUCUUCUGCUGUAAUGAUAAUAUCUUAAUUUGCAGUGCAAAACUUUACCUAUGAAAAUAUUCACUUGAAUACACUUUAAGAUGACAGGUGCUGCUUUCAUUUUUUUAUUAAUUAGUCCCUUUGGAGAAGAAUAAUCUAAUGUGCCAUGUGUUGCAUUCUGUAAACUAGAGUAAGAUAGCAUGCUCUGUAUUCUCUUCUUUACUAGAUGUUUUUGUUAAGGAUGUCUGCCUAGAUUUGAAUGAAGUAAGGAGUAAACUAAGGAGAAAAAAAGAAUUUUGGUUAGGGCCAGUUGUAAUAUGACAGGAGCUCCAUUAGUGUAAAAAAAAAAAAAAGUCAGUAUUGCUGAAAUAGUCAUGGGCAUAAAAUUAUUCCUUGUUGACUGAAAACUUGAGUAAAAAGUUCAUAUCGAAUAAAGUGGGUUUUGGUUGUU